AUGGACUUCUUGGGAGAGAACCAACAACAAGAACAACCUCAAGAAGAACAAAUUGCCCCUCUUGACAACAGUGAACAGAAGCCAUCCAUUAAUCAGAAUCAGAAUUCAUACCCAUUAUUUAAUGAUGAUACUUCUGCAUCCGUGACUGAAACCCAAGGGGAGAAGAAGCAGUCUUCUCAAAUGCCAACCUCAGCUUCGUGGGAUGGUAGUACUGAUGACUUUUUUGGACCCACAGAUACAAAAAAUAUUCCUGAGGAUCCAAUUGCGGCUCCAACUUCCACCGGUACUACAACUACGACUAAACCCACAACAACUACAACCCCUGCAGCAUUGGCGGCACACCCACAAAACACAAACGGUAGUAAAGUAAUGGAAGCGGCAAAUGAGCAAAUCCAGGCUAGAACAGCAAGUAUGGAUGCCAAGACAAAAGAGAAGGAGGCAAAAAUUAUCGAUGCCGCCCAACUCUACCUAAAGGAGGAGAACAGCAAACAUACAGAGAAGUUGAAACAGGUAAAGGCUGAACACAUGCGUCAACAAAAAAGUGAAGAAACAAAGCGAAAUGAAUUUAAGAAAAGUGGAGCUGUUUGGAAUGGUGUGGCGUUGAUGACAGACUUGAAUAAGGCGAACAAGUUCUCCAAGGGUACAGAGCGUAUGAGAAGUAUUCUUAUCAAGUUGGGUGAAGUGAAUAAUGCAUAG